GUCACGGGGCGGUGCGGAAGCGUGGAAUGAACCCGAGUGACGAGGAAGUGCGAGCCCAGACCGGGAGUGAGGACCGGAGCGCACCGACCCUGGGCAGGCUUGACCCAACAUCUGGACAUGUGGAACCCUAACGCUGGGCCGAAUCCAUACCCACCCCAGGCCGUGUGCCCAGGAGGUUCCAAUCCCGCCUGCCCACCGCCUAUCAAUCCAGCCUUUCCUCCUGGCCCCUGCCCGCCAGGAAUUCCCCAGGGGAACCCAGCGUUCCCUCCGUGUCGGCCACCUUACCCUGUACCACAACCAGGGUGUCCAGGGUACCGGCCCUCAGGCCCCUACCCUCCCCCCUACCCACCCCCCGCUCCUGGGAUGUGCCCUGUGAAUCCUCUGGCUCCUGGCAUGGUAGGCCCAGGCAUAGUGGUGGACAAGAAGACUCACAAGAAAAUGAAGAAAGAGCAUAAAAAAAAGCACAAGCAACACAAACACGGAAAGCAUUCCUCCUCCUCCUCCUCCUCCUCCUCCAGCAGUGACUCUGACUGAGCACAGGGUCUGGACCCUCCUCCCCUCAAGUGUCAGCAGCAGCGCCAAGGUCCCAUCAGA